CGGAGUUGCUUAUAUUGUCCGGUUACAUUGCCGGUGUUGCUACAUGGCCUGCCAUAUAAGCAUGCACCUACUCUCUCGCCACAAGGUCCAUGAUUCCGUUUCUUUCAACACCAGCUGAACGACCUCCUGCUGGCAAGUACAUUGAGAUUCAACGAGAUACUUGAACUCAAACCCGGCCAUCCAAAGACACUUACUCGGCAUCAUGUCCCAAAACGAUAGUACAGAUGACAGGCUUGCUACUUUCAAUAGCGCGGCUAUGGGUACCACGAUGCCCGUCGUCACCUUGCCAGACGGACAAAGGGUACAGACAGGCACAGUCGGUGCCCUCAUUAUCAACAUAAAGCUCUAUGACGAGCUUAUGGGUCAAUCCAAAGUUGACCAAGAACGGAAAGCAGAGUUAGAAACUAUGAUCACAGCAAGUGUGCCAGUGUUGAGAAUGGCUAAUAUAUUCAGUUUGUUCACUCCUGAAGAAUGGAUUCAGGGGUCUAGUGCUGGCCGACGAUUUGUUGGAGAAUUCGCCCUUCGGAGUGGCCACGCUUGAGGGGAUGUGCCUAUACAAAACUAUUACGUCAGUCACAAUGGCUCGUAAUUCUUGUCCGCAAUCAAAUA